AUGAACCAGGAAGACUACAAGACAUAUUAUUCUGUGACUACCCUCGAAUCCACGCUCCUUCUAUACGCCUACGAGCUAGAACGAACAUACCAAAGAGCACUGACCCUCCCAAACUCCGCCCAAGCAUGCCACAGCCCUCAGUCCCAGAAGACGACCACGUCUUCUCACAGCAAGACAUGGAAGGGCAAAAUGGCAGCAGGGGCAAAGAAGAUAGGUCUUCCCUUCGGGAAGAAAACAUCGGACGAAACAGCAUCUCUCCAAACAACAGAGAGCAGCUACACGUACGAGAAGCCAGAAGGAUCUACAUUGAUGUCACUAGAGGAAGAAUCCUCACCGACCGAGGCCAUGAAAUACGCCUCCCAAGUACAACACCAAGAGCCAUCGAAGGAGAGUGGGUACGGCCAAAUGCUGGGCACGAUGUGGGAAGUAGCAGUGGCGGCCCAGAUAGUUCAGACUAUGGAAGUGCCAGGUCAAUGGAUGAGCACACCCAGCGGUCAUGGGGAGAGCCCGUCGUGGCCAGAAGUGGCACAACAACGGAAGGCGAGUCAAGGGAUACGACGAGGGAUUCCCCAGAGCCAAGAAUCCAAGGCCCUGGAUCCCCGACCAGCUCCUCCAGCUGGCUAUCCUGGUACUCAGCAGAUGGGACUCGACGAGUCUAUGGGAUCAACACUCCACGACGUUAUUCAUCACCAAUCCCUGGCUCAAGUCGAUAUGUUCCAGACCCUCCAAUCCAACCUGACCCCAGGGAACGAGGACAGUGACCUCAGGGCAUGGGCAGACACCUUCGGGGAGCCCACGACUGCACGAAUCUCACCAGUCAAGUCCACAUCCUCCAUUGGGAGAACCCUUGACACUAUUACCGAGGGAGAAAACCCUAUCCCUCUCAUACCCACAAGACCCUCUGGGACCCAAACCCCAUACUACUCUGCCAACGAAGACCCAUGGGGAGAGCAGACAGAUACAAACGAGCUACUCGAGCAGCAUCCCCAUGCAGACUCCCCGCCGUGGGAGCAAAGGGUCUUAUUCGCAGACACCAACGAGGAGGACACUGUCCUCUGGUGGUUCACAGGAGCCCAAUCCCUCGCCGGAACUACCAACGCAUCGAAUCCCGUCGAGACAGAGCUCGAUCAGGCGAGUCUCACAGACUGGCCUCACUGCAGGUGCCGGAUCUGCCGACAACUAUGGGACCUGGCCCGAGCCCGAUAUAACGAGGUUGGACCUCACCCAGAGCUCGAACCUUUCCUCAACCCCGAACCCACCUUCUACGUCCAACCCCCCUUUAUAUCACAAAGAGAGCUUCAGUGGUGGGUCUAUGAGAGAGAGGACUUCGACCAAAUCUUUGAAGAGUACCGAAGGUACUUCACAUAUGUCUGGAACUGGAACCAGAUAUGGAUCGAUGGAAAUCCCUAUCUCUUAUGA